AUGUCAGGGCAGAAGAACAGCAGCGACUUCAAGGCCAUGAAUGUGGCAGAACUUAAAAAAUAUUUACAGGAUCGCGGCGUUUCGGUGAGCGGAUAUUUAAAACCUUCGCUGGUGGAAAUCGCUUCUGCAGUCGAAAGAAUGGUUUUACCCGUUGACCCAAACUUUGAAAAAGAUCAAACAAAUGAUGCGGGUACAUUAAUCAUUCAUGAUAUGGUAAUUCCUGAUCCACUUUCCCUGAAGACCGUGAACAACUUCAACUCUUCGCCGCCAUUCGGGUUGUUCGAUAUUUUUAACCAUUUAAUCUACCACUCCACCGAUUACGAUAAACAGGGGCUCGCCGCUUAUAAAUCAUUUGACGACUAUAGAUUAUUCAAUGACGGUUACGUGGAAUCCUUGCUUACUGCUCAGUUAAAACACGAGGGAGUCCAUGUUUACGUUGCGAAAGUGAAGCCUUUCAUGAAGUUAAAGACGGACGAAGGAAAGGAGUACUACGAUCUCUGGUUUAUUCUAGAGGGCAGAGGGGCGAACCGCGGCAGUGUACUCCGAGCACGAUGUAAGUGUAAAGGCGGUCGAGAUGGGGGAUGUAAGCAAAUCGCAGCUGCCAUGUACGCUCUAGAGGAUUUGGUAAACACCCGUGGUGA